UAGCUUUUUCCUUUCUUUUAUAUUUUUCUUCCCUUUCCUUUCCCCCCAAUUUUCUCUCUCUAAUCUGCGUGUGUGUGCGCACCAGGCUCGGCCAAGAUCGGAUAAUUUUUCGCCCAAUACUUCACAUCUUCGUCUUGGAUCAAGACAGAUUUGGUAUAGCAUCUAGUAAUGUGAUAAGAGCAUCAGAAGAUAAAAUCGGUGACUUACAUUGAGAUCAGACCUUGGGGAGGUGUACAAACUAAGUUAUAGUUUGUGGGCUUCUCCAUAAUCCUGCAUAGUGAGCAGUUGAGUGGGCAAGGGAGAUCAUGUAUAUUUUUAUCUCAUGAAAUCCUGGAACUUUUGUUGCCCUGAUGAAAUUUACAUUGUAUCCUAUGGGUGUGGGGUAUUUAUCAAUAUCAGCAGUGUGUACAGUGUUGAGCUUUAUAGGCCUCCAAUAUUGGACAGAAGUUUCUUAUGUGAAACUAAAGUCAGAUGGUUUGAUGGGUGAAAACCUUCUCCACCCUGGUGUUGCCAACCGUGUAUUGGAACUGUUGUUGAGUUCUUAUACCACAGUUGCAUUGGUGGUCAAUUUUGUCCUCAACAUUUUUAUACUCAUCAUCCUCUCUCUUAAGACAAUAUUUUUUGAUGAGCUGCAUGCAACUGAAUCUCGGAAAAUGGUGGAGAGACUAGUUAAUUAUGUUAUCUACAAGGGAACAUUUCUUCCAUUGGUGGUACCACCAACAUUAGUUAGAGCAGGAUUGUGGUCAACAUGGUUGACUGUAUUAUGCUCUUUGAAGAUGUUUCAAGCUCUAGCUCGGGAUCGGCUUGAACGGUUGAAUGCAUCUCCUUCUGCCACUCCAUGGACUUACUUUCGUGUAUAUUGUGUUUUAUUGCUGGUUGUCAUUGUUGAUGCAGUCUGGAUAAGGACAUGUCUACUGAUCUACCAAACAAUACCAUCAUCUAUGUUUUUGUUAUUAUUCUUUGAGCCUCUUAGUAUUGCUUUCGAAACACUACAGGCGAUUUUGGUUCAUGGGUUUCAACUGGUUGAUAUAUGGGUUCACCACUCGGCAGGCAACACCACAAAUUCCAAAAUAUCAAAGCUUUUAGAUAUGUCCGCAGCAGGUUCACUGUGGGAGUGGAAGAGUGUUAUAUUAAGGAAUGUAGGGUUUUCCCUAGAUAUUAUGACUUUGUUAAUGGCUCUGGGUCAUUAUGUACAAAUAUGGCGCCUUCAUGGCAUGACAUUCCAUCUUGUUGAUGCAAUGCUUUUCUUAAAUAUACGUGCAUUGGUAAGUGCAGUUGCAAAGCGUACAAGAGGUUUUAUUAAGUUAAGAAUCGCUUUGGGAACCCUUCAUGGGGCUCUCCCUGAUGCAACAUCUGAAGAGAUACAAGCUUAUGAUGAUGAAUGUGCCAUUUGCCGGGAACCAAUGGCCAAGGCUAAGAAGCUCUCCUGUAACCAUCUUUUCCAUCUUUCCUGCCUUAGAUCUUGGUUGGACCAAGGGCUAAGCGACAACUAUUCAUGCCCCACGUGUCGAAAACCCCUGUUUGUUGGGCGUGGCACAUCUGAAGGAGGAAACAAUAACAGUAACAGUAACAGUAACAACAGUGUAGGUGUAGGGAAUAAUUCUGUGGAUGUUUCAGGAGAUGAACAGCUUGCACGUCAGUUAAGCCGUCAGCAAAGUGUUCCUGGUCCCACACUAGUUCCAAAUCAAAUUCAGACCCCUUUAGAUCAUCAUGAUGAUUGGAGGAGGUUAGAGGCGGAUUCAGGUUGGUUGGGGUUUGAUGGGGGGGCGGGUCCAUCGAGAUCAGUGGGUUUAGGAAGAGUCCAGAUGAUGAUGAGACACCUGGCAGCUGUUGGUGAAACGUAUGCCCAAACUGCCCUUGAAGAUGCUGCUUGGAACCUGUGGCCUGUAAAUCCCUCUCAGGCCAGCACAUCUACUUCUUCUUCAAACAAUCCAAAUCCUUCCACAAGUACUGUAAGACACCGAGGAGGACACUCUACUGGGGCUGGGGGUGGGUCCCUCAUCAGAACCACACCACCUCCACCUGUCCCGGAUGUUGACCUGUCAAACAUAAUCGCCAUGGCUGAAACCGUUCGUGAAGUCCUUCCCCAUGUCCCCGAUGAAUUAAUAUUACGGGAUUUGCAGCGAACAAAUUCAGUGUCUGUUACUGUGAAUAAUCUUCUUCAAAUGUGAAUCCUUUUAUUUUAUUUUAUUUAAUUUUAUGAAAGAAGACAUAUAUAUAUAUAUAUAUAUAUAUAUAUAUAUAUAUAUAUAUAUAUAUAUAUAUAUAUAUAUAUAUAUAUUGUGUACCAAUAAUAUGAUAAAAAGAAAGGCAAGGGUGGUGGUCUGGUCAGUGGUCAUUGGAGGGAGGUUGUGUGCUGACGUCACCCCACCCAACCACACACAGUGUUCUGUAAGAGAGAGCUAUAGUUUUUUUGUAUAUAGGAAAAAAUAAGUUAGACAAAAAUGUUGAUUAAACUAUAGCCCCCCCCCCCUCCCUCCACCUGAUUGGGCUUUUAGGGAAAAACGAAAAAGAAAUUUGUUGUAUGUAUUAUUGAUUGGGAUUAUGUAUGUGACUAAUUAACUGGUUUGCGUUC